GAAUAACAUGUGGCGCACCACGGUAAUGUACGUCAAAUGCGUGAAACAAACGACUCCAAUAUGGCGAAUGUGAGGGACAGUGAUACGUCGUUGUGGCUUCAUAACAAGCUUGGAACGUCAAAUGAUAGCUGGACUGGAAGUUCAAUUUGUUCACAACUUAACGCAGAAGUACUACGGAACAUUAAAGACUGUUUUCCAGACCUUCAAACACAAGUUAAACUCAAAUUACUUCUUUCAUUUUUUCACAUACCAAGACGGAAUGUUGAGGAGUGGCGUGUUGAGUUGGAAGAAAUCAUUGAAGUGGCAUCAUUGGAUAGUGAAUUAUGGGUGUCGAUGUUAUCCGAAGCGAUGAAGACUUUUCCUUCAACUGGUUCUUUAAAUACAGAUAUCACAGAUCUAGAUGAACAUAGACCUAUUUUUGGAGAGCUAGUCAAUGAUCUUCGUAAACUUUUGAAAAAACAAAACGACCCAGCUAUGCUUCCAUUAGAAUGUCAUUACCUUAAUAAGACUGCACUUACGUCAGUUGUUGGUCAACAACCUACACCAGUUAAACAUUUUACUUUAAAGAGGAAACCAAAAAGUGCUGCAUUAAGAGCAGAAUUGCUUCAAAAAAGUACUGAUGCAGCCAGCAAUUUAAAAAAGAGUACUGCUCCUACAGUGCCUGUAAGGAGUAGAGGAAUGCCUAGAAAAAUGACAGACACUACACCUUUAAAAGGCAUUCCUAGUAGGGUUCCCACAAGUGGUUUUCGAUCUCCAUCACUUACAAGUUCUUCUAUGUCUACCAGAACACCACUUAGCAACAGAAUGCGUAAAGAUGGUGGUAUCAAGUUAUUAGAUAUUAAUGAGCAACCUCUAGGAUAUGCCCAGGCAAAGAAACGAAAGAGAAUGAUGGAAUUAGAGGAACAACAGAAAAAGGUUGCAGAGGCACAAGCGGCUGCAGCUGCGGCUGCAUCGGCAGCUACGACCACGACAGAAACAUCAACUACACCAGAAUAUGCUCAAGGAUUAGCUUCAAUCAAUCCACCUGCUACUCCAAUUACUCCUGUUGUAUCUGUACAGUCUUAUGCUACACCUACUACACCAAGCGGAGUAUCAGCAGUAACUACCCCACAAACUCCUACAACGUCGAGUACACCUACAACACCGAACACAGUUCUACCUGUUGCAACACCAACUGUUAUUACACCAGUCGAAAGUACUCCUAUCGGAGUGCAAACCGUUAGACCACCUCAAACGGUUACGCAAAUUCGUAUACAAACCACCGCACAACCUGCUAAUGCAGCUGCAAAUACGAGAAAAGGACUAUCUCUUACGCGUGAACAAAUGUUGGAAGCACAAGAGAUGUUUAGGACCGCAAAUAAAGUAACUCGCCCAGAAAAAGCUCUUAUUCUAGGUUUUAUGGCAGGCUCCAGAGAUAAUCCUUGUCCGAAAUUGGGUAACAUAGUCACAGUCAUGCUCUCGGAAAAUAUAGAAGAAGUGACUCAACCAGAUGGAACAACUGUACCAAUGUUAGUCGAAACUCACUUCCAAAUGAAUUACACGAAUGGUGAAUGGAAAAGGAUAAAAAAAAAUCGGCGAAUCGUCACAGAAGAAUCUACGUCUGCUGCAACACCUGCGCCAACUGCAACUGCUACGGCUUCCAAUUGAAAAACAGAGAAAGAAAUUGUUGUCAAGUUAUGGUUACAUAGGUCAAUAUUUCUGUCGCUGUUUGGAUGGUGGUUUUUUAAGAGAUUCUGUUUCGAUAGAUAGAGAGAGAACUUAAGUACGUAUCAGUACUGUACGCGAUAUGUGUACCUUGUAUAAAGUAAAUAGAUUUGUAUACCAUGUUUAUUUAGUAAAGCUUGGAAGUAUGAAUGUUCAAGUUAAAAUUGUAACGCAAGAAACGGAAACAGGUUGGCUACUCAGAGAACUAUGUUUAUUUUAAUCUCACUUUUUCAAAAUUGAGGAGCGCCCAAGUAACGGACUUGCAUUUUUCGAUUGGAAGUAACGUUUAAUGUCAAUUUCAGUAAGUUUCAAAUAUUAGAAAUAAAAAUCUAUUUCUAAUGCGUAUCUGGUUUCACCAACAAUGAAUAAAUUUUCUAAUCAAGUGUCAUUUAAAGUAAAGAGUUAAAUGCUGUUUAACGAUGGAUAGUGUGAUAUUUCGCAUUGUAGGAGAAACCAAACACUUUUAAUUUAAAUGUAACAAUCGUAAGUUGAAUUUAUAUAUAUAUAUAUAAAGAAGUAUAUAAACUUAUA